UGUGCCUGCAGGGCUUAAAUCUGGAACCCAUAAUGUCCAGCAACGUUUAUACUACCUUUCCAUGAUGGAUUGGUUUUGACUGAAGGAAAGGAGAGAGGGAGGGGGGGUGAAGAGUUAUUUGGAAUCACAAAGUUAGAGAGAAGUUAUGGAUCCCUCCCCCCAAUUCAUUGGCUUGGAUGAUCCAAUCAGAAGACGCACAAGGCCAAUUUCUUGUGAAAUCCCUCCUUAACAUCCAAAAAUGAGGAGUGAAAGAAAAGAAGGACGGAUUGGAGCAUUAUUCGGGAAGCCUGUUAAGCUUAGGAGCACACACUCUGCCUGAAUCUGCUGGCACACACACGCUGCUUUCCAGAAUUUCUUUCACCUUACUUGGUACAGCCUUUUGCCUCCAAUACUUUAAAAAGGUUCUGGCACAAAUAAGAGUGCAUUCCAUAGCGGGCAUCUGGGGGAGGAUCACAAGUAGAGUUCAGGCAGCAGGGACCACUUCAUACAAGAUGAAAGAAGAAGGAGCAUGCCCCGACUCCCCUGAAGACAGCCUGGUAACCAGUGAGGAAGAGGCUGAGUGCCAACAGAGAAAGGCCAUACGUAAGCGCACAGUGCUGGUGGGCAAACCUGAUGAUGGGAGGGUGCCCCUAUCACCAACAUGCAAACGCAACAAAAGGAGCCCCCAGUUAGAAACAUUUGAGGAUGUACACACACAGAGAAUAAUCGCCAAUGUCAGAGAGCGGCAACGCACACAGUCCUUAAAUGACGCUUUUGCAGAGCUGCGCAAGAUCAUCCCUACUCUACCAUCUGAUAAACUCAGCAAGAUACAGACCCUGAAGCUGGCUUCACGUUAUAUUGAUUUCCUGUAUCAAGUCUUGCAGAGCGAUGAGCUGGACCACAAGAUUGCAAGCUGUAACUAUCUUGCUCAUGAAAGACUCAGCUACGCUUUCUCUGUUUGGAGAAUGGAAGGUGCCUGGUCCAUGUCAACAUCCCACUGAGCCACCAGCCGAUGUCCUUUGUGCCUGCUGUUCAAGAAGGUGUGCCAGGAGUGGUCAUCAAAAGGACUAAGAAGUGGUCAUCUGCUCCCUUUGAUGGCUCCAACUUGUCAACUUCUCCUACAGCUAGAGGACUCUACAUAAGUUCAUUGACAGGACAAUACUGCCAUUGAAUCUGGAUAAUGCUUCUGGAAGACCUUUAUAAAAAUAGGAUCUGUGAAGUGUAACAUGUUAUCUUGGAUGCAAGAACAUCACAGCUGAGCUUUUCACUCUGCGAAUGUAAAAAUCAACUGUGGACACUCAACCACUUGUAAAGAAAUCCUGUGGAAAUUAUUUAUUCAGGAAAAUUAGAAAGCCAAACAAACGUUGGUCUGUUCUUCAAAGAUAAUCUGGAAAGUAAAAGUUCAAGCAACGUUUCUGUGAAGCUACGCCACGUAAAACCGGCUACCUGUCUAUAUACUCUCCUCCAAGCUUUAUGGACAUGAUGGUGUUUGCUUAGCACGUAUCUCCAGCUUAUCUGCAUGUAUCAUUCAUGAAAAGAGGAACGUUUGUAUAUUUUAGGACAAGCAUCAGUAUACUCUGAAACCCUGACCACUUCUGUUUGAAAUAAGGAACCCUUUGUCAUUCCAGUUUACACCAGAAAUACAGAGAAUAAUCAGUACAAUGUACUUAAAAUAAUCAUAUGAUGAGCAAAAUUUAUGUUAAACAAAAGGGAAGGCAUGGAAAUGAAAUUACCAUAGCAGAAUAUAACAUAGCAACAGAGCAAUGGUAUUAGCAUAUUGCCCACUCUGCCUCCUAAGCUUUUAUAGUUGUAAAAUUGACUGACGGUAAACUGUGAUUUAUGAUGCAUUACAAAAAUCAAGUAGCACAGAAAAGUAGAAAAACUCUGUGUGGAUAAUAUCUGUUGGUACCUGCAUCAGCCAAAUGUAAUAAAAGCCUUUUCUCAACUUCACAGCCAAUAAAUAUGUAAAGAAUACUAUUCCCACACAUGCAUACUAUAAGUGGAAAGAGACUAAAGUAUAGUAUUAGUGACCGAAGACUUAUGGGAAGAUGUGCAAUUAUAGCAUAGCAGAUGCAAAAUGACAAAUACAUAGGGAAAAUAUUUCCCCA